AACAGCUUCUUUCCGGAAACUAAACUCUCCCGCUUUCCGCUGACGUCAUUUUCUAGCAAGCCUGUGAAAACUGUUGGUUUAGUGAAGACAACUAUAAAGGCUUGUGGUGACGGUGUAAGUUUACGUACGUUUAAGAAGCUGCCACCUUCUGAAUGGGGUCAUCACUUCCUCACUGUUCCCAUCGACUUGUUGGUGAGUCUAUAACAAAAGUGAAUAUAGCUCUUUAAUGGUAAUGCAAAUCAAGAUCUUGAUUUUACAGUGCGUUGGCGAGAGAGAUCGAUGAACUAAAGCGAAAAGUGAAGGGAAUGCUCAUGCCUUCCCAAGGCGUCAAUGAGACUAAGAAGAGAAUGAUUUUUAUCUAUUUGCUGGUGAGCCUUGGUCUCGCCUGUCAUUUCGUGGACGAGAUUAAUGAGAAUCUAAAGCAUGGUUUCGAAGCGAGAGAGGAAAUAAUGUCCGGUGAAGAUGAUUUGUACACAGUUUCCACCAUCUUUUGGCUUUUCAGGACAUACGGUUACAAUAUGUCUUGUGAUGUGUUCAAGAGAUUUCGACGGAAAGAUGGUAUGUUCAAGGAAUGUCUUGUCGGGGAUGCCAAAGGAAUGUUAAGCUUAUACGAAGCCGCGCAUUUGGAGACACGGACAGAGAAAAUCUUGGAUGAAGCAUUGAGAUUUACAUCGGGGCACUUGGAGUUGUUAGCUGAAGGAGGGACUAUCCCACCUCAUAUCUCGAGGCUUAUAAAAAAUUCUCUUUACAUUCCUCAGCAUCAUAAUAUCGAAAUGUUAUUCGCAAAGGGAUAUAUUUUAUUUUACGAGCAAGAAGAAGAUCAUGACAAGAUUUUACUGCGGUUGUCAAAGCUAAAUUUCAGAUUCUUACAGCUGCAUUGGAUUCAAGAGCUGAAAACUCUUACCAAGUGGUGGAAGGAGCAGGACUUAGCAUCUAAGCUCCCACCUUACUUCAAAGACAGAAUGGUGGAAUAUUCGGUGGACAGUCUACCAGAUUAUAUGAAACCCAUCUUCAUAUUUGUAAUGAACAUUUUCGGAGAGUCUAAAAGCAUGGAGAGGUCCGAAGAAGAUGAAGAAUCCUACAGUGUCCAAGCUGUACUCGAAGAGGAGUUUAAGAUUCUCAUGAGAUCUUAUGUUCCUGUUGGCGACUGGGAACGGGCAAACACGGUUCCUACAUUUGACGAGUCCAUGGAGGUUAAGGAAACUCAGAUCGCAAUAUUUGUAACUUUAUUAUUAAGUUUUCUUGGUUUGGGACAUAUAGAUAUGGAACUGGCUUAUAAGUGGUUAAAAUCCAGACCAAAAUUCGUUCGAGCUCUGGCUAGAAAAGCCCGUCUGUUGAAUGACAUGACCGGCUUCGAGGAUGACAUGAGUAGAGGGGAUGAAGUAAAUAUCGUCAACUACUAUAUGAAGGAACACAACGUUAGCAAGGAGGAAACAUUGAGGGAGUUUAAUAAAAUGCUUAGAGAGACUAAGAAGGUGAUAAAUGAAGAGUUCUUGAAGAUGGCCAAAAGAAUGCCAAUUCAUAUCCUCCAGCGAGCCAUUAAUUGUGAAAAGAUUACGACUGUCACCUACCGCGAUGGUGAUGGACACACCAAUCCCAUAGGAAGAUUCAAGGACCAUAUCACCUCUUUGUUCGUAGAGCUGAUGCCCCUUUGAAUUUCCAAUAAUAUUUAUGGGGUGUUAUGCCAUGAGUAUGAUCCAUUUGCACUUAGAUCAAAAUUAUUGCAAGAAUAAAUCCAACAAAACUUA